GUUUUGUGAAAGUGAACACCAAAUGCCGUUGGAGUGUGUCGUGAAUAUAUUUAACGAUUUACCUUCUUCGGAACAACAGAGAAAACUAAACCCAACCUUUUUGUGUUUGACAUUUGAAAUAAAAAAAUCUGCAUUUACCGAAGAGGAAGCUGAGGCCUGAAAUGCACCGCUGAUGAAUCUGAUGUCCCUUCCUGUAUUAUCAGCAGACUGAGGCCAGAGCCACAGACGGUGACUACACAGGGAGAAGGUUUUACAGAGGGAGGCGUGUUCUUCUUCAGAAGUGGGAGGAGAAGGAGGGAAGGGUUUAACUCCGGGACUCCAGGUUUGUCUUCAUUCGGUUCGCGAGCAGCACAUGCGUGCGGCACAUCAGCGCUUCUAGCAGCUGACGGCAGCCGUGCAGAGUCAGAGCCGCCUUCUUUCACAGCAACGCCAGCACGUUGACACUGCGGCUUCUUAUUUAUUCAAGAGGGUUCAAGAGCUUUUUUCGUAUCCUGAGCUUUAUUUGGUUUCCUAUCGGAUCACGGUCGGACGUUAAAGAGGAUCAUAAAGGCUGGAGGAGGCGCAGGCAAUCGCCGUCAGCUCAUCUACGGGACCCCUGCGUGAUUCGGAUAAAGAGCUUCCCCAUCAGCUGCUCCGUGGCUGAACGGUGACCCCCACCCGGAUCCUCAACCCCGUUUCUGGGUCACCGCCAAGCUAAUAAGAGGUGGUGGUCUGGCAGGGCCUGAUGUGGAAUUUGACCCCGACUGACCCGGUCCCACAACCAGAAGCCUUUUACUGAAAAAAAAAAAAAAAAAAAGGAGGGAUAACAGAGUGAGAGGGUGCGACUGAGAAGAAAGGAGGACGAAAAGGAGAGCACAGCGACCGCUGUUCCAGCAUGCCGGUGGAGACUCUGCGGCCCUCGGACGGCCGCCUGGCCGGGGGCCCCUUCACCUCCGCCAUGCCCUUCAGGAUCCUCAACAAGGGGCCGGGCUACUUCCGACGCCAGGCCGACUCCAGCUCCCGCAAGCUGAGCGCCGUCGAGCGCCUGGAGGCCGACAAGGCCAAGUACGUCAAGAGCCAGCAGGUGGCGCUGAACCGCCAGGCCCCCAUCCAGCCCCCGAUCAUCCGCAAGCCCCUCGUCCCGUCCGGGAUGAUGCUCCAGUGCCAGAUCAACACUCCCCCGGCCCGGAAAGUGCCGCGCUGCCCGGCCGACGUGGAGAACGGCGGAGGCAGAGAGGGGCCGACGGAGAGGAGGCGCCCGGCUCUCAACCUGGAAAUCCUGAACAACCUCAUCAAUGAUGUAUGCGACGGACCGCUGCCGUGCUCCCAGUCCUCCUCCUCCACCUCCCCCUCGUCGUCGUCUCCGUCGUCGGGCGCUAAGAGCAUCGGCAGCAGCCUCUCGGCAGAGCAGGAGAGGAGCAACCGAGUCCUCAACAACCUCAAACCGCAGAACUCUUCCUCCUCCACGUCCUCUUGCACUUCCUCCCCGCUCAACGCCAACCUCCGGACCCCCGCGGCGGAGGUCGCUCGCCGGCCACCCCCCGUACCAGCGAGGGCUUCCCGCGCCGCGGCCCCGGCCCCCUACAGCUCCCCGAACUCGGUGACGGUGCGCCGGGUGGACGUUCGGCCUCAGGUGGAGAUAAGGAAGCCACAGAGGGCCCAGCUCAGGCCCAGACAGACUGCUCAGGGCCAGGUCGCACACCCCCAGAUCCCGCCUCCGCCGCCCCCCUCUCAGAACCAACCCCCCCAGAAUCAGUUGAACACUCAGCCCCAGGUCCUGCCCUCCCCUCCCCAGGCGUACCCGCCUCCCAGCCCCAUGCUGGUGCGGGCGGGCAUGAUCCCGCCGGCGUCGCCCGCCUUCACCCGCAUCUCCAACGCCAGCUCCAAGAGCUCCUCCCGCAAGCACCCGUCGCUGCACCGCUCCAAGUCGGACCUGAGCGACCGCUACUCGCGCGCCACCGCCGACCUGGAGCGCUUCUUCAACUACUGCGGGCUGGACCCGGAGGAGGUGGAGGGCAUGGGCGGCGUGGAGCGCUUCACGCGGGCCAACUCGGACAUCGUGUCCGUCUCCAAGCUCCGCAGCGUCAGCACGCCCAGCUCAGAGUGCGGGGACGAGGCGGACCGCAACAGGGCGGAGGACGAGGACGAGGACGGGCCGUCCAGGGCCAGCGAACGGGUCCCUUACGGCAUCUCCGUCAUCGAGAGGAACGCUCGGGUCAUCAAGUGGCUGUACGGCAUCCGACAGGCCAGAGACGUCAACAACGCCGUCUCCAACGUAUAGACUUGAAAGGACUUCUUUUUUUUUUAUAAAAAAAACAAAAACAAAAAGCAGGGAAGUAGAAGGGAUGCCCGUGUUCUUUUUAGUUUUAUCUUCUGCUGCCUUACAUCACAUCACAGUUCUGGAUAAUGUUUAUCGGCUCCCUGUGAAAAAACGUUUUUCCUCUGGACUGUGAGUCAGGACCGAGCACACGAUGCAUUAAAAAACCAACAGUCAUUGGUAUAAGAAAGCAAUAAUAGACGUGCAAGUGAUGAUGAGGAUGAAGGCAAAAUGUUGCUCACGUUACAAGGUACUCUUUGUAUGUCUGUGUGUGUUUGUGUGCGUAUGUGUGAGCGCCGCACGGCGAAGCCAGGAAGAGAACCACAACGAUACUGUGAAAGUUUCCCAGCGAACGUUCAGGCGUCGGGCUGUACGACUGUUAUCGCUCCUCGUUAGCAUGCAAGUUUGUGGACAUUUCUAAAACGUUCUGUCAUCUCAAGAAAAAGCACACACUUCACGAAAGACUCACAAGCACAGACGCACAUUCAGGUCAAAAUUCACUAUGAUGUUGUGUAUGAGAGAAAGUCACGUGAUGAAGGACGGUUGAAGCAAGUGUCACGUGACAAAAGUCAUUUAGCCUCCAGGAGAAUAAUCAAAAGAUGAGCUGGAAUAAAAAGGAAACUUGUCUCAGGAAGAUGGCGACCUAGCAAAAAAAAUUAAAAAAAAAUGGACCAAUAUUUAUUUGGAAUAUGUAACUUAAUGUAUUUUUUAAUAUCGGACAACUUUGUGUACAGAAUUCAAUCGUUGCUGUUGAGUGCAAUCUGAUGCUAUGACUGCGGCGUUUGUCUGCACGUAGGGUCACGUUUAAAACACGCAGACACGAGGCCACGUGUGAACGUCGUGAACUGGAGGCUGUAUUUAUGUCGCACAUGUUCCUUUUACAUGUUCAGGACGUUUUCCGUGUGGACAGCGGUCAGAACAAAGUGUGCUUCUCAUCCAGCACUGGAUGCCCAAAGAGAGUCUUCGAAGUGAGAGAUCCAAAAUGCUUUGCUAUGGUGUAUUCUGAACGGUUAAUAAUAAUAAUAGUAAUGAUGAUAAUAAAAAGAAAAUGUUUAAGUA